CCUCCCCCUUCUCUCAAACAAGCCAGUCGGUCUGUCAAUGUGCUUCGAGCAUUAGGGCAAGUCAAACCAGUGGGAUUUUGAGGCAGAGAGACAGAGGAGAUAACGAAUGAACCGCUUUCCUCUGGCCGAGAAGCGACGCGUCCAGCUCUCCAAAUGAUGCGCCACAUCAGAUAGGCGUCAAUUUCCAAGACGGACUGAUGCCCACAACUCGCAUCUUAUCAUUAUUAUUUUUUUUAAUCACUUCACAAGUUUCAUGUUGUGCUUUUGUGCGACAUUAUUAGGCUGGAGGAGGCUGGAGAUGCUUUUCUAGCUCUUUAGUUUGUUUCUUUCUCCGUUUUCCUCUGUUAUAGAUUUAGUUGAUUCUUGGAUUUAUCAUCGACUUGGAUCGUGUGAUUUUAUUUUAUAAUUUCAACGCAUCUAUUGCUGUGGGAUUUGUGGAUUUACAGCCUAUAUUUUUUUGCUUGUGCUUUUUUUUUUUUUUUUUUAAAGAGGAGAAAAAGGAUUGCAGUCCUCAUUGACUAAACCCAGCGAGCAUCAACACGUCCGUGUGAGGAUGGAGAUGUGGACAGGAGUCACAUCUUUUCCAUUUUAAACGCUGUUCCGUCACCGUUUGGGCUUGAUCGCGACAGUUUCUGUUCAACAGACUGAAUCUAUUCCUUGUCGGUCCAGCCUGAUCUGUCGGGAGGUAGAUUACUGCAGGAGAAAACAGGGUAAUGGGAGAGAAAUCACACAGAGUCGGCAAAGAGAACAAGGGAACAUUGUUUGGAAAAAGACAAUUAGGGCGCACCGAAAGGCAACAGAAAUAGCUCUUGGGUGGCGAUAAAUUUCAGAAAGCAAUCGAUUCCCUGGAGUUAUAUCCAAGCUAAGGAGCUCUGCUUUGGAAAAAGGAGGGACAGAACGACAAAUUAAAUCGGAAAGUCAUGGGAUUUGUGUUCAAAUAGUACGGACGUGGACGCGCAGAAAAUAGCGUCGAAUUUGGAGACGUUCGUCCAGACGCACGGAUUGAACAAGUUUCUCUUGCGCAUUUUCAACCUGUGAUUUUCCUUUGAUUAAUUUUGAUUUGCUUCAUUUAGGGCUGUUAUCCAUGCGGUUGCACCAGGCACGCUUUCUCCUCACACUUUGACUGCCUUUACCUAUAGCCUGCCCGGCUAUAGUCGAAUAUCCUUUGUUUGGAGAGUCCCCUUGCAACAGCAUAGAAAAUAUAUCCCAUUUAAUUUAAAUGGGGCUACAUAUUCGGGGUGUCGGGGUUGAAAUGGCGUGUCGAAGCAGUGGGAAUGGAUUGGGAAUCCUGCUGGUAUUCUUACUGGAUUUACUGGGAACGACGGCCAGCAAUAUGGAACCCAUCUACUGGAAUUCCCUGAACGAAAGGUUCAGGGACGAUAAGGGCUACGUGCUGUACCCUCAGAUCGGGGACCGGCUGGACCUGAUCUGCCCCCCGCUGGACGGCGUCAGGUCCACGCCGGAGUACGAGUUCUACAAGCUGUACCUGGUGUCGUCGCGGGAGCAGGCGGACCGCUGCGAGGUCAUGGGCCCCCCCAACAUCGUGCUGACCUGCGACGAGCCCACCCGCGAGCGCCGCUUCACCAUCAAGUUCCAGGAGUUCUCGCCCAACCUCUGGGGCCACGAGUUCAAGAGCAUGCACGACUACUACAUCAUCGCUACGUCAGACGGGACGCGCCAAGGCCUGGAGAGCAUGAGAGGCGGAGUGUGUGCCACGCAAGGCAUGAAGGUGGUCCUGAAAGUGGGACAGAGCCCAUAUGGACUGCCCCCGAAGAACAAGCCGGAGCAGCCGGCGGGACGCGCCACCAACAGAAACUCAGGUGGUGCAGGGAACUCCACCCAGCCUAGAGGACCCACCAGCGGCAUGGGCGGAGCCGGCGGCGGCGGCGGCGGCGGGGAGAACGGGCCCCUGCAGCCCUCCAACAUCGCCCUGAUCGCCGGCGCCACGGGCGGCGCCGCCUUCCUCCUGCUGGUGACCGCCGUCAUCUGCGUGGUGUGCUACCGGCGGCGGCACGCCAAGCACUCGGACACCCACCACCCGCCGCUGUCGCUGUCGUCGCUCACCAGCCCCAAGCGGGGCGGCGGCGGCGGCAUCGGCAGCUCCAACAACAACGGCUCGGAGCCCAGCGACAUCAUCAUCCCGCUGCGGACGUCGGACUCGGCCUACUGCCCGCACUACGAGAAGGUGAGCGGGGACUACGGGCACCCCGUUUACAUCGUCCAGGAGAUGCCGCCGCAGAGCCCGGCCAACAUCUACUACAAAGUAUGAGGCGGCCGCUGACCCAGCCGACUGGACCCGCCCACCUCCCAGCCUCCCGACCAAACCCCCCCCCCCUCCCCUUCUGAAAUGCUACCACAGCAAAGCUAGCCAUCACAGCCUCAACCCUGAACCCCCCGAACCCCCUCCAAAUCCUCAAUACCACUAGUAUUGUCCCGUGGACCAACACCCUCCUUCCCCCUCUCCAGCCACAGUUGUGUGUCUAGCUGAAUAAACCACCCCACCCCGUUCUCACACAAGCUACAUGUGCGUGUGUGUGUGUGUGAGACGAGGGGGGGGGGUGUGUCUUAACAGCGCAUAGCCCUUAUUAACACGGCCCUUAUGAAUGGUCAAGAGACUCUGAGUGCGCCCGUUGUUUCUCAGAGCGUAACGAGCCCCGUCCCGCCAGAGCUGCCUGGCCACGCUGUAAAAACCCAGCUCGCGCGCGUGUGUGUACGUGCAACGACACACUCUACUUUUUUUCUAGAAAUAUGGACCUGGCUUUGGGACUCGUGAUGUUAAGAAAAAAAAAAACAACAAAAAACAAACAAACAACAACUAAAAAAAAAAAAAAACACAUAAAAAAAAAAC